AUGCCCAAGAAAAUCGGAGCUGCAGAGCCAGCUAGACUCUUUGCAAAAGCAGUUGUGUUGCUCUUCCAGCAAUGGUACUCCCUCAAUCCAAGAACAGGAACCCAGCAACAGGACUCCACCAAACUUGUCGCCCAAGACUCUCACGCGACGUUAGGCUCGAUACCUGUCGACCAUGAGCCCGCCCCUGUUCUCGCAUUGACUUACACACCGACACUAUCUCAUCGUCUAGACGAGCUCCAUGUCGCCGUUCGGGAUAUCGACAACUGUUUCGCCUUAUUCAGAGACCAUUGCAUGACCUACGUCUUCAUGGAUGAGACCCUCAUGGAUCCCAAUUCAUGUCACGAACAAUCACCGCUGUUGUUUUGGACAAUCGUGGCGGUGGGCUCGCGAAAAUACAGUGACAACCCAACCCUGAUUUUCUUGCUUGGUCCGAAAGUCUCCAAGCUGGCCAGGCUGGCCCUGUUCGCGCAGGAACCUGUGCUUCUCACCAUACAAGCUUUCCUCCUGUUGUGCUCGUGGCCGAUGCCCUUCGAAGCACUGAGUAAUGAUAUCACCCCAGUUUUAGCAGGAGCAGCCUUACAACUAGCCACGACUAUCGGACUACACGUCUUGGGUGUAGGGCAAGAGUUUGCACGAGCCAGAGUCGAUCAGGAUCUGAGCUACUGUAGUGCACGUGGUAGGCUGUGGACUGCGUGUGUAAUUGUCUCUCAAAGGAUCAUAACCGUGAAUGGGACACCCCCGCUUGUUAUUCCCGACACAUAUGGCGAAGAUUCAGAGGAACUAAACUCUUUCCUGACACCGAGUUUCCGUUUCCAGAAGAAAGUCAGCGAAUUUCUCAGCGUGACCAUCCUGUACAUCCAGAAUCACGCUCUGUACAAGCCCGCAGACGAAUUCGCAGUGGCACUCGACCCAAUCAUUCGAACCGCUGUUGAUCGACUAGUCCAAUUAGAAAGUGAUUCACCUGAGCGCUUAGAUCGAUUUUAUGCCUUGUCUGCCCAGCUUCACCUCCUAAGCUUCCACUUAUUCAAGCACCGAUCUAAAAUUGAUGAUGCAACGCUGUUGGUAAUGUACGAACUUGCUUGCAGGAUCAUUGAGCUUGCGAUGGCGCUGGAUUCAGAGCUGAGCAUGGCGGAGUUCGCGCCAAUAUACAUAACAAAGUUCCUGCAUAGCGCGGCGAUCACCAUUUUGCGCGUGGGAAGAGCCGCCCUUUCACGGCAUCUGGAUCUAGAGCGCGGGCAACGGGCGUAUUUCGCAGUAAUCAAUUACCACAAGAGACACGCUGUGCGCCCGGAUGACGCCUUUGCUCGGUUCAGCAUCAUUCUGACCCAAUUAUGGACCAGCAGGAAAAUCUUCCAAUACUCGAAUGGCCUCGUAGAUAGCCUGAGAGUGAGAAGCAAAGCCAGACUUGGAAUGAGUAUGGUCUACGACUGCUUCUGGUGGUGGCGACAAGAAUUUGGAGGACAAAGUAACGUAUAUGGAGACAACCAUGUGGAUGAAAAUACUAAUCUUGCUCCUGACGAAUUCGCUCCUGACCUGGCCAGCGACCAAUUAGACCUGGUCAACCUGGAUUUGACGCCCAUUCCAGACCUACAGUGGCCUGUCUUCGAUAAGUUUUUCAUCGAAAAUUGGCCGAGUCUGGAUUUAGAUAUAGGCGUAUCAAAGCAAUGA